UGCCCUUUAAGAAGUUUCACUUUAAAAUAUUUUCUUUAAAUAUUUUAUAUGCAUAUUUCCUUUGUUAAAAUGUGAAAUUCAUAAUUUAUUUAAUUAAUCUACUUCGUGUGUAAAAAGGAAUACUUUUAUUUUGCAUUAUAUCAUACUUCCUGUGUAGUCACUUCCUGUUAGUGUUCCUGGCUCUUUGUGGAAGCCAUGUCAGACAUGCGCUCUCUCGGACAAUCUAAGCCAUCCGCUUAAACUCAUCAUAGAGGCAAUGCCGUAAGUUUAUGUUUUGCACAUUAGACAUGUUGAAGACUUUAUAUUAGUGAUUAUUUUGUAAAAAAUACAACGUUUAAUAACUUUGUUUGCUAGUGUAAUUCCUACUGCAGGGAGAACUGUAGUCUGUUUAUGUUAUGUAUAUGUAAGUGGAAAUACCUGUCAAAACUCAAUUUCUGAGAAUUGUUUUGUUAUUUUUGUUGCAGUUUUCACAUAAAUGCUAAUAAGAAGAGUGACAGUAAAUGAUCAAACUUGCUACGACUCUGUCUUCAUUGGCUAUGGUUUAACUCGGUGUUUAGUCAGUCACAACACACUGCACGAGAACACUACAGUGAAAAGGCAGCUUUGAUGUGAAAGUGGUCAAGAUGUCUGCAAGCGGCAAGUCGUCUGUGCGCAGUGCUAGAAGUGGCAAGUCAUCUGCUUCAUCAGAGAGUGUAACCCGUGCUCGGGCCAGAGCCGAAGCUGCUAAAGUCAGAGCAUCAUACGCUAGCCAAGAGGCUAAACUGAAGAUAGAAAAGGCCACAAGAGAAGCACAAAAUCAGCUAGAAACAGUAAAAUUAGACACUGAACUGGAAGUGUUAACACUACAACGAGAAGCUGAUAUAGCUGCUGUUGAGGCACAAGUACUGGAAGAUGCUGAAAUAGAAAUGCAUGCUGCAGCUGAAAAAGGAGAAUCCGAAGAGAAAGUAAAAAUUGAACGCACAAGUGAAUAUGUAAAUUCUCAAUUAAACCUUUCAAGCCAUUACCCCUCCGCACACUUCUCAGCCUUGCCUAACGCUCCAGCAUCUCAUGCUGACUCGCACAACAGCUUCAUAACAUGGAGUCCUCCAGUAAAAGACCCUUCACAUACACAGUCUAUUAAUGACAAGCCAAAGUAUCAGGAUGCUGAUUUUGUACACUUACCUGCUGCAAACCUGUCUAGUCCAUCCACGGGUAUUAUAAAAUCUGAAGUUGACAGGACAAACCCCUUUAUGAACAUACAUGCAAAGCCAUAUAUUCCUCAGUGCAUUCCUUCAACUAGCACGCCACCCCAGGCAGAGCCUUUGGCGCAGUAUUUAGCACGACGUGAUCUUGUUUGUUCAGGACUGUACCAAUUUGACGAUAAGCCUGAGAAUUAUCGAUCAUGGUGUUCUUCAUUCACAAGUGCAGCUCGUGAAGUUAACCUCACAGCAACCCAGGAACUGGACCUCAUGACUAAAUGGCUUGGGAGGGAAUCUGGUGAAAUGGUGAGGCGCAUCCGUUCAGUGCAUGUCAGCAAUCCCAAUCUUGCAUUGUAUAAGGCAUGGGAAAGACUACGGGAGUGCUAUGCUGCACCAGAAAUCAUUGAAAGGUCACUAUUUCAGCGCUUGGACAGUUUUCCUAGGAUCACAGCUAAAGACAACAUCAAAUUACGUGAACUCGGAGAUUUGCUUAUGGAAAUCCAAGGUGCUAAAGAAGAUGGUUAUCUCACAAGCCUAUUGUACCUUGACACCUCACGUGGGAUUGCACCAAUUGUAGAUAAACUUCCGUAUGGGCUUCAGGACAAAUGGGUGACUUCGGGGUCAUGGUAUAAAGAAAGUCAUGGCCGUUUUCCUCCAUUUGACUAUUUUUGCAGCUUUGUGUGUCAUGAAGCGAAGAAGCGAAAUGACCCUAGCUUUAUGUAUCAAAGCAGUGCUAUGACAACUGUUAAAUCAGACAAAUUCACUGGGAAAAGUUUUCACACCAACAAACCCAUCUCUGUUCACAAAACAGAUGUGUGUGCAGUCAAGGAAGACCCUAACAAAAUCUGUCCAUUACACAAUAAACCACACUCAUUGAAAAAAUGCAGAACAUUCAGAAACAAACUCCUUGAUGACAGAAAAGCCUUCCUUAAGGAGAAAGGAAUAUGUUUUAAAUGCUGUUCCUCAAUUUCUCAUCACGCCAAGGAAUGUAAGUCUUUUGUGAAAUGUUUUGAAUGCAACAGCACUAAUCAUGAUACAGCGAUGCACCCUGGCCCGUCACCUCAAGUAGUCAAAUCUCUUCCACCAUCACAAGAGGACGGCGGGGAGGGAGAGGAUAAUUCUGAUAUGACGUCCGUCAAUACAAGCUGCACAGAGGUUUGUGGUCCUGGUCAGUGGGGUCGCUCAUGUUCAAAAAUCUGCCUUGUAAAGCUGUACCCAAAGGGUAACAAGGACAUGGCCACAAAAGCCUAUGUCAUUCUGGAUGACCAGAGCAACCGUUCAUUAGCCAGACCAGAAUUCUUUGAGCUGUUCAAUUUGGAGAGUGAGCAGUUCACAUAUAAUCUUAGAACUUGCUCUGGAACUGUAGAAACAUCUGGCAGGAAAGCAGAAGGAUUCCAGAUUGAGUCUCUGGAUGGCAGAGUUCUCAUAUCUCUUCCACCACUCAUUGAGUGUCAUGAAAUCAUGAACAAUCGGUUUGAAAUUCCAACUCCAAAUGCAGUUCUUCACCAGCCUCAUCUACGACACAUUGCCAAGUACAUUCCAGACCUAGAACCAGAAGCAGAAAUACUUUUGCUGCUAGGAAGAGAUGUGAUUAGAGCACACAAGGUCAGGCAGCAGGUCAACGGACCAAACAACGCCCCCUUUGCUCAACGUCUGGACCUGGGAUGGGUGGUAAUAGGAGAGGUGUGCCUGGGUAAUGUACACAAGCCCACAGUUAACACAUUUAAAACCAAUGUCCUGGAAACUGGUCGUCACUCAAUUUUUCAACCCUGUACAAGCUUUAUGCAGGUCAGAGAGAAACAACAGAGCAGUGUGUUUAAAAAGGCAACUGAGAUGACACUUGGACAGACAGUGUUUUGCAAAACCGAGCAUGACAAUAAACCUGCCCCUUCUGUGGAGGACACAACCUUCUUGAAAAUUAUGGACACAAAUGUCUUCAGAAAUGAAUCUAACAGCUGGGUAGCUCCUCUACCAUUCAGAGAACCACGCCAACGCUUGCCAAACAACAAGGAGCAAGCUAUUAAUCGAUUCUCAAGCCUGCAACGAACCCUCAAGAGAAAACCUGAGAUGCAGCAACAGUAUGUGGAAUUCAUGGAAAAGAUCUUUACCAACGGACAUGCUGAGGUAGCACCACCACUAAAAGAAGAGGAUGAGUGCUGGUAUCUUCCCACAUUUGGGGUCUACCACCCCCAAAAACCCAAUCAGAUCAGAGUGGUUUUCGAUUCCAGUGCUUGUUACUCUGGCGUCUCUCUCAAUGAUGUGCUCCUCACUGGCCCUGACCUGAAUAAUUCCCUUGUUGGUGUCCUGCUACGUUUUCAGAAAGAGAGGGUUGCAAUCCUAGCUGAUAUUCAGCAAAUGUUUCAUUGUUUUUUGGUGCGUGAUGACCACCGCAACUUUCUCCGUUUCCUAUGGUACAAGGACAACGAUGUCAACAAGGAAAUUAUUGAGUAUCGAAUGAAUGUCCACGUCUUCGGCAAUCGUCCAUCACCUGCCGUGGCAAUUUACGGACUACGGAGAGCCAUCAGAGAAGGUGCAAAAGAUCAUGGUGAAGAUACCAUAAAGUUUGUGGAAAGACAUUUCUACGUCGAUGAUGGUGUGGUAUCUGUACCAUCUGAAGCUGAGGCUAUCGAUUUGCUCCAACGAACACAGGCUUCAUUAGCUGAGUCAAACCUACGUUUGCACAAGUUUGCUUCAAACUCUCAGAUUGUUAUGGAAGCUUUUCCUCCUGAAGAUUGUGCUCCAGUGAUUAAGGACUUAGAUCUGAGUGGAGAAACUUCUCCCACACAACGGAGUUUAGGUCUGUUAUGGGAGAUCUCAACUGACACAUUCACCUACUCCACAUCCACCACUACCAAACCAUUCACCCGUCGUGGAGUUCUCUCCACUGUCAACAGUGUUUUUGACCCUCUGGGUCUACUGGCACCUGUCACGAUCCAGGGAAGAGCCCUUCUUAGAGAACUUACCUCUGAAAGUGCAGACUGGGACACAUCCCUUCCGGAGGUCAAACUAAACAAAUGGGUGGCCUGGAGAAGUUCUCUUCAAGAGCUAGAAAAGCUUCACGUCUCACGUACAUACACUAAAACCUCACUAACUGAAGCAGUGCAUACAGAAUUGUGUGUGUUCUCUGAUGCAUCAACCAAGGCCAUAGGUGCUGUGGCAUACCUGAAAGUGCUUCAGAAAGAUGGGCAAGUUGAAGUAGGAUUUGUUAUGGGCAAGGCGAAACUAGCACCCCUGUCCGAACCUACGAUUCCCAGGCUUGAGCUGUGUGCGGCUGUCUUAGCAGUUGAGAUGGCAGAUCUCAUUAAGGAUGAGCUAGAUCUGGAAUUAAAUGACAUAAAGUUCUUUACAGACAGCAAAGUGGUCCUUGGCUACAUUUAUAAUGAGUCAAAGCGAUUCUAUGUGUAUGUUCACAAUAGAGUCCAGCGCAUCCGACAGUCCUCAAGACCUGAGCAAUGGCACUAUGUACGUACCGAGGAAAAUCCAGCAGAUCAUGCGUCGCGAUCCUUACCUGCAUCAUGCCUGGCGCAGACUUCCUGGUUCACUGGUCCCUCCUUCCUUCGACAGCCACCUGCAGAAAAAACAAAAUCAAGUAAAAUGUUUGAGCUAAUUGAGCCUGAGAAUGAUGCAGAAAUUCGUCCUCAAAUCCAAACAUGUGCUACUUACCUGGAGGAAGCUGGACUUAUAUCUACCAGAUUUCAAAGGUUCUCCACCUUCACCUCUUUAGUAAGAGGAUUAGCAUUUCUAGUUCAUGUCGCAAAAUCCUUCAAGCACUCAUACCAAAACAGCAAAUGCAAGGGUUGGCACAGAUGCGACUUACCACGUACUCCAGAUGAGAUGGGCCAAGCAAGGAAUGUUGUACUGAAAGCAACACAAAAAGCUGCAUUUGCAAAAGAGCUGUCAGCACUGCUAGCUGACCAACCUGUAUCCAAGAACAGCCGCUUGCGUAAACUCAAUCCAAUCAUGGAGGGCAAUUUCAUUUGUGUUGGAGGAAGAUUAAAGCACUCUGAUAUAUCAACUGCCGAAAAGAACCCAAUAAUUCUCCCUAAAGAAAGCCACACAUCUUUGCUGCUCAUUCGACAUCAUCAUGAGCAAGUAAAACAUCAAGGCCAUCAUCUGACAGAGGGAGCAAUCAGGGCAGCAGGACUGUGGAUCUUAGGAGCCAAGUCGCUAAUAAACUCAGUACUUCACAAAUGUAUAACCUGUCGCAAGCUGCGUGGAAAGUUUGAAGAGCAGCACAUGGCGGACCUGCCAUCUGAACGUCUCAAAAUCUGCCCUCCCUUUACAUACGUGGGGCUUGAUGUAUUUGGACCCUGGUCUGUCACUACCAGACGCACCAGAGGAGGACAGGCAGAGAGCAAAAGGUGGGCAAUCAUGUUUGGCUGUAUGAGCUCGAGAGCUGUGCACAUCGAGGUCAUUGAAUCUAUGGAUGCAUCAAGUUGCAUAAAUGCUCUCAGGCGGUUCUUUGCAUUAAGAGGUCCUGCAAAACAGCUCCGCUCCGAUUGCGGUACUAAUUUCGUUGGGGCAUGCAAGGAACUUGGAAUGGACAAGAUGGUACAGAGGUAUCUCAGCGAGCAAGGAUGCAAUUGGGAAUUCAAUCCACCUCACAGCUCGCACAUGGGAGGCUCAUGGGAGCGCCUGAUUGGCAUUGCAAGAAGAAUUUUAGAUUCAAUGUUUCUGCAGCUAAAAGCUCGCUUAACCCAUGAAGUUCUUUGCACACUACUAGCAGAAGUUACUGCUAUUAUUAAUGCACGGCCACUCUUACCAGUGUCUGCAGACCCGCAACAACCAUUCAUACUUUCACCUUCAGUGCUCCUUACACAGAAAACAGGAGUUCCACCUCCCCCUGGAGAUUUCUCUGACAAGGACCUGUAUACAAAGCAAUGGAGACAAGUUCAGGCGCUUGCAAACCAAUUCUGGACACGCUGGAGCCGUGAAUACUUACCUUGCUUGCAACACAGACCGAAGUGGACAGUACCUCGCAGAAACCUUCAAGUGGGAGAUCUAGUUCUGCUCAGGGAUAAGCAGAUAGCCCGCAACUGUUGGCCCAUGGCCAGAGUCUCUGCUGUAUUCCCAGGAAAGGAUGGAUAUGUGAGAAAGGUUGAGGUUUCAACAACUGACCAAGGGAAUAUAAAAACCUUUCUAAGACCAAUUUCAGAGGUUGUUCUGCUUCUACCCAAAGACUGAUCUGGAAAUUAGUGUAUGGCCCAGAAGUUCAUAGUGACCUUACAUAGGUCAGGCGGGGAGUGUGUUGCCCUUUAAGAAGUUUCACUUUAAAAUAUUUUCUUUAAAUAUUUUAUAUGCAUAUUUCCUUUGUUAAAAUGUGAAAUUCAUAAUUUAUUUAAUUAAUCUACUUCGUGUGUAAAAAGGAAUACUUUUAUUUUGCAUUAUAUCAUACUUCCUGUGUAGUCACUUCCUGUUAGUGUUCCUGGCUCUUUGUGGAAGCCAUGUCAGACAUGCGCUCUCUCGGACAAUCUAAGCCAUCCGCUUAAACUCAUCAUAGAGGCAAUGCCGUAAGUUUAUGUUUUGCACAUUAGACAUGUUGAAGACUUUAUAUUAGUGAUUAUUUUGUAAAAAAUACAACGUUUAAUAACUUUGUUUGCUAGUGUAAUUCCUACUGCAGGGAGAACUGUAGUCUGUUUAUGUUAUGUAUAUGUAAGUGGAAAUACCUGUCAAAACUCAAUUUCUGAGAAUUGUUUUGUUAUUUUUGUUGCAGUUUUCACAUAAAUGCUAAUAAGAAGAGUGACAGUAAAUGAUCAAACUUG